CUUCACAGCACCAUGUCUUUUGCAAAGGUCAAACUCAAGGCUGCAAGGGACUUUAUUGCGAAAAAGGACUUUGCUGCUGCGAGGGAUAGCGCUGAAAAGGUGCUCGAGUUUGAGCCGGAUAACUACAACGCGACUGUAUUUCUUGGUCUGGCAUACCUGGAGCUUGGAGAUUUCGACAAGAGCGAGCAAGCGUAUCGGAGGGCAAUCGAGUUGAAUUCGGAGCAACUGCUCGCUUGGCAGGGCCUCUCAAAAUUCUACGAAAGGACAGAGGAGUGGGAUAAAUAUGCGGACACUCUCCAACAUUUGCUGGGAUUUUUUGCCAAGUCCGGGGAUGCGGUCAAAUGCGCGGAGACGAUUCAAAAGUUUGUGCAGAAUCGUCGAGAGCACGGACACCCUUUACAAGUCGUCGACGCGAUAUCGCUUUAUCUACCCACAUCCCCUCAUUAUGCGUUGUUGUCGACUCUACCCCCUCCAGACCCUACAAACCCAACAUCCACAACCACGUUCGAAGCUCAGGAGGCUGUACAUAACGGACUACCGAUCCUCGAAGAAACCGUCCGCAUAUUGGAGAAGGACGAAGCCGACAAGAUCACAAGAGAGUUUGAGAAGCGCCGGACACGGCUCGGUGCUGGAACCCCUGAGCAGAUCAAGAAGGACGUCGGUGUUGAAGUUUGGAGCGUGUCCCGCCUUCCGCCAUUGUACAACGACAUCCUCAAUCAUCCCAAUACCUCCGACGAGCUCCGCCGCGAAACGGAGACGAAACUGUUAAAGCAUAAACAGCAGUAUCUAUAUGCCCUACCAAACACAAGCGAGCAAAAGAAGAAAGUUUUGCAACAAGUCGAGGAAUUGAUCAACGGCGCGAUCAUAUUGCAGCUACCUGAUGAACUCGCUUGGGCCUUGUUCCUAGAAAGAAAGGAUGUCGAGACCAUAGAUGACUAUGAGUAUCCUUUACUACGACAGUAUAUGGCACUAUUCCCUUCACAUCCUCUGGUAUCGAUGCUCAAAGGAUACUUCAUCUACAAUGGAAUCCCUCUCACUGAUGACGAGGAAGACGAAGACGCGGAGAUAGCUGACCCAGACACGGGGCUGGAUAUGAUAUUUGACGCCCAACCACAACUUGUAGAUUCCCUUCUCGGCACACGGGUUCUAGCUGAUGUAUACCUCCGCGAAGUAGACUAUCCCGCUGCUAUCAAAGCCGCCCAAAGCGGCAUGGAGCUCGCAAGGCGGGCCGAGGUCAACCACGGGAAGACGCUUCCCCACGUCAUUCUAGGUUUCAAAGUAAUCCUAGCCACCUCUUUGGUCCACCUAUUCCCUCCCAAACACCACGCCAGAGCUCUGUCGAUAAUCGAUGACGUCCUCGCUACAUCUCCGAAUAACAUCAGCUGUCUGAUGGGCCGCGCCCACAUCCUGGAGCAAGCAAAUAAAUGGGAAGAAGCAGGGGAUCUGUUCUCUAGGGUGCACGAAUUACUGCCCGACGACGUGCAUAACGGUCUACGAGCCAAGGAAGAACAUGCAUGGUGUCGCAGUCGUCUGGGUGACUUUGAUUUCGCUGUAGCGGCACUCAAGGAAGUUCUCGAAACGAUGGACACUCUGGACCAUCACGUAGAGGAAAGUGCAAGAUGCCUAUGGCGAUUAGGGUCUUGUCACUGGGACAUGAACGGCGAUCAACGAGAAGAAGCGUAUAAAUAUUUCAUCACAGCCCUCAAGCGCGAUUCCAUGUACGCACCGGCGUUCACCUCUCUAGGGAUCUACUACGAAGAAUACGCAACACCGCCCGAUCCCAAUCGAGCUUCGAAAUGUUUCCAGAAAGCUUUUGAGCUGGACUCCCGCGAGGUGUACGCGGCGCGUCGGCUGGCUGUGGGGUUCGCGGAAGAACAGGAAUGGGACCUGGUUGAGACAGUCGCUCGGAGGACUAUAGACGGGGAGGGCGGAUCGGACGCUGGGCUAGGACCAUCAACGGUGUAUCUGCCUAUGAAUGCAUGGGCGUGGAAAGCCGUUGGGGCUGUGGAACUGGCUCGCCGGAAGUACGACUUGGCUAUACAUGCCUAUCAAGUGGCACUGCGCGCCGAACCAGAGGACCAAGUGUGCUGGCUGAGACUAGGCGAGGCGUACAGCAAGUCGGGACGACACGCCGCAGCCCUGAAAGCACUCGCGCGCGCACAGGAGCUCAACCCGGAGGACUGGAUGACGCUCUACUUCAUCGGGGACGUCCGUCGCCAGACGGGCCAGUUCCAAGAAGCCAUAGAUAUAUUCACGCAGAUCCUACACGAGCGGCCGGGAGAGAUAGGCGUGUCCGUGCUAUUAGGCCAAUCCUAUCUGGAUCUCGGCCGGAGUGAGUUGUCCGGCGGGUACGUGGCGAGGGCGGAGAGGUCGUUCCUUGAUGCUCUUCACGUGGCUCUGGCAGCGAGUAGUUCGGGGUUUGGAGGUGUGGUGUGGAAGAUUGCGGCUGAUGCUUUGUUUGCUUUGUCGACGUUUGUGGACGAGUCUGUUGCCCGGCGUGCUCUUGGGGCGGUCUUUCCGUUUCUCUCGACACAUUCCAGCGAUCGGCUUGCGGGGUUUGAUAUUAAUAUUCAGUUGCCUGACGACUCGGCGCCUCUGACGGGGGCUGUCAUGUUGCAAAAUGCUAUCGUGGCGUAUGAUCUUAGGUUAUCCGUUGCUUCGUCGGAUCCUCAGGCAAUAGGGAGCGCGUGGUUCGACCUUGGGAUUGCGCUCGGGUCUUAUGCCUCUCAAUUGACAGACGAGGAAAAAUCCAAAGAGGUCGAGAAGAAGAGGAUCGAGUUUCUGGGAUCUGCGCUUCGACAGUGCCCGUUGAAUGAAGAAUACUGGACUGCCCUGGGAAACGCGUAUUUCCUGACGCAAGCAAAAUCUGCUCAGCAUGCGUAUAUCCGUGCUUUGGAGAUUGAUUCCAAGAAUACAGCCACAUGGACCAAUCUUGGGUUACUCUACUUGUACCACGACGACGUUGAGCUCGCGAAUGAAGCUCUGUAUAGAGCUCAAACUCUCGAUCCUGAUUAUACGCUGGCUUGGGUCGGCCAGGCCCUGGUAGCCACUGCCAACGGCCACGAAAGUGAUGCCAGAGCCCUUUUGGAGCAUGCAGUAGGAUUGUCAUCUUCCGUGCCGGCUGCAGACCUCGAAUUCUCCGCUCGUUCCUUCGCCCUAAACAAAACAUCCCCAUCCCCAUCGCCCGAAUCUCUUCUCCCGUCACUAUCCCUCCUAUCGCGUUACCUCUCCCUCAACCCAUCAUCAGCACCCGGGCUCCACCUAUCAAGUCUCGUACACGAAACACUCGGGCACCUCGACACAGCCCUAUCCCUGCUCACCUCCGCCAUAACCAUACUCGAGACCGCCUACGAAGAAACCGAAUCACCCGAGAUCGAACGCCAGUACGUCAUAGCCCAGUCCAACAUGGGACGCAUGAGGAACAGUACGGGGGAUUAUGCUGGUGCUGCUGAGGCUUUCCAGAUCGUGAUAAAUCUCCUUCCCGAAAGCGAAACCGAUGACCCGGAAACGAGGGUCCUUCGCACUCAAGCUCAUUUUGGGUUGGGCCUGGCGCGGUUGAGGCAGGGCUUGGAGUUUGAGGGUGCGUUUGGGAAUGCGCUGGAGAGUGCUGGGGGGGAUUUGGUGUUGAGUGGGCAUGUUAGUGUUCUUAUGGCUAAGACGAUGUGGGCUCUUGGGGAUGAGACUUCGAGAGAUGAGGCUAAGAAUAUGCUUCUCCAGUGUAUAACGAACGACCCUGAAAACCUCGCUGCCAUCAAUGCUCUCGCGGCAAUGGGUAUCCUGACUGACGAUGAAAACCUUGUUGAUGCUGCCCUGUCAGAGAUCCUUGCUUUGCCUCGGGAACAGCGGGCAAGCAUGGACCCAGAGAAAGACGUGGAGUAUUUGCUCAUGAAGCAUCACGAAGGACUGGGAGAGGACGCCAAGGUGAUGUCCCUAGCCCAACAGGCCAUCAUCUCUGAGCCCUCGAGAUCACAAGCAAGGAUCGAUCUUGCGAAAUUGACGAUGCAACGAGGCUUGUACGAAAGUGUGCUUCCCAUAAUUACGGGACCAUCAACGUCGACGCUUGAUGUGCAGCGGAACGAGAUAGGGGUGAGAGCCAUCGCGCUUUCGAUGUCCGGUGCGGGGGAACUGGCCUUGCGGGAAGCUCAGAAGGCUGUGUUGUUGGCGCCUUGGGAUAAGGAGAAGUGGUUGACGUUGGUUUAUGUACGAUCAGUUUUGGAAUGAAAUUAUGUAGGAAGGCGUGGAUUUCCAAGUGAGCGAAAAUGCACAUUUGCAUAUCGAUUCUCGGUGCUUGGUACUGCGGGAAACCGUUCUCUCUUGGUGCCGCAAGGUAACUGUAAAGUUUGACUAGA